GUUGACCCAGACAGCUGUCUGACCAGUGACCAGUGUGGACCACCGCCCUGUGCUCACCCUCCCUCCCAGCUUCCAUUUGCAGACUUAGAAUUCUGUAGAUGUAAGGAGACAAUCGAGUUAUUGUCAGGUGUCAGGCAGUAUGCCUCUGUGCCCUUGGACAGGAUCUUAUUUGAUAAUUUCGAGAACUCUGCAAAUUAGGGUCUAGUAGGCACCACCCCUCUCCCACCUCCAAGACUGCCAUGUCCUAAUCUGAGAACCCUCAAAUAUGUGACCUAAAUGGCCAGAGGAGGCUCUGAAGAUGUGGUUGAGGGAGGGGUCAUGAAAUGGGGCAAAUAUCCUGGAUUGGCUGGGUUGGCCCAAUCUAGCUGGUGACUUAGAAGUUGGGAGACCCUUUCUCAGCUGAUACGGAAGAUGUAGGAAAGCGGUUCUAAAGGAUGGAAAAGGCAAAGAAAUAGGUUUUCCUCCAGAGCCGCCCAAAGGAACCAGCCCAGGUGGACUCCUAACUUAAAAUCCUAAAAUAACAAGUUUGUGUUGCUUUAAGCCUUUUAAUUUCGGGGCAAUUUGUUUAGGGCAAUGGAAAACCGCCUGAAUUCUUGUGUUAUGGUGAAGAUAAAGGCUCCAAGGCCAUGCGGCAAUUGGCAGAGCUGGGGAAAACCUGGGUCCGGUGCGUCCAGCUCCAGAUUGCCACCUGGCCUUCCCGAUGGAUCUGAAGGGCUAAGGCCUGAGGCUCAGCCACUUCUCAGCCGGCGGUCCCUUUAAGGACUGGGCGGGGGCGGGGCCCGCAGUUGCCUGGAGACCUGCCCGAGUCUGGACGCUCCGAGUCCCGCGCAGCACGUCCCCGCCGAGGUCUGGCAGCCAGAUGACUCUGAUCAGCACCUUGAAACAAACAGUAAAGUAAACUUUAGGACUUCUAAAGACAAUGGUGAAAGAAAAGAAAAGAGCAGACAAAAAGGGGGAUAAGUCUGCCCGCUCUCCCUCCUCUCUCUCCGAUUAUCCAGACUUUGCCAAACAAGAUGGCAACACACCUAGACAGGAAAUGUCCCCUGGUGCUGUCCCAACAUUGGACAUACAACUCAGUGAAUUGAUGCCCCGAAAAGAGUCCAAAUAUGAUGAGCAGCAGGAUGAAGAUGCCACUCAGUAUGAAGAACCCAUUCUCACCAAACUCAUAGUUGAAAGCUAUGAAGGUGAAAAGGUCCAUGGACUAUAUGAGGGAGAAGGCUUUGCAGUCUUCCAAGGAUGUUGCACCUACCACGGUAUGUUUUCAGAAGGACUCAUGCAUGGACAAGGGACUUACGUUUGGGCUGAUGGUCUGAAAUAUGAGGGGGAGUUUGUGAAGAACAUCCCCAUGAACCAUGGUGUGUACACGUGGCCAGAUGGCAGCACCUAUGAAGGAGAAGUGCUACACGGUGUGAGGCAGGGAUUUGGUAUGUUCAAAUGUGGCACACACCCUGUGUCCUACAUCGGCCACUGGUGUCACGGCAAGAGACAUGGGAAGGGCUCUAUUUAUUACAAUCAAGAGGGUACCUCCUGGUACGAGGGGGACUGGGUACACAACAUCAAAAACGGCUGGGGGAUAAGAUGUUACAAAUCUGGAAACAUAUAUGAAGGUCAGUGGGAAAACAACAUGCGCCAUGGAGAAGGCAGGAUGCGGUGGCUGACAGCCAAUGAGGAGUACACGGGUCAGUGGGAGAAGGGGAUCCAGAAUGGCUUUGGAACACACUCAUGGUUUCUAAAGAGAAUCCCCAACUCCCAAUACCCUUUAAGAAAUGAAUACAUAGGAGAGUUUGUGAAUGGAUAUCGUCAUGGCCAUGGAAAGUUUUACUAUGCCAGUGGAGCCAUCUAUGAAGGAGAAUGGGUGUCCAAUAAAAAACAUGGCAUGGGCCAAUUAACUUUCAAGAACGGGCGUGUGUAUAACGGUGCAUUUUCCAACGACCACAUAGUGGAGUUUCCAAAUCUUGAAGUUGAGUUCUUAAGUCACCUGGACCUGUCUUCAGAGUCUUCCAUCAAGAGCCAAUACACUGGAUCCUCCAUCAGUGCUGAAAUUAUCAGAAAGCUCGAUAGCAGUGAAAGUAUCUCUGUGUUAGGAUCAAGCAUUGAACUGAAUCUCAGUUUGCUGCUGAGUAUGUACCCUGAGAAAGAUCAAGCAGAGGAAAAGAAGCAGGUAGAAUAUGCUGUCUUAAGAAAUAUCACAGAAUUGAGAAGAAUCUAUUGCUUCUACAGCAGCCUAGGAUGUGAUUGCUCUCUGGAUAAUACCUUCCUGAUGACAAAGCUUCACUUCUGGAGGUUUCUAAAAGACUGCAAAUUUCAUCACCAUAAUAUAACUCUUGCUGAUAUGGACAGGGUAUUAAGUACCAAUAGUGACAUUCCAGUUGAAGAAAUUCAUUCUCCGUUUACAACAAUACUUUUGAGAACGUUUCUGAAUUACCUCCUGCUCUUGGCUUACCGCAUCCAUCACAAAGAAUACCAAAACAGAAGCCCAUCGCUCUUUCUGUGUUUUACCAAACUGAUGACUGAGAACAUUCACCCAAAUGCCUGCCGUGUAAAAGGCAAUUUAUUCAGUGGACAGCAGCGAACACUCUAUUCCAUGAAUUAUAUCGACAAGACCUGGGAGAUUUAUACACUUUACUGCAGACCACACACAGCUCCUCCCCACGAGCCUUCCAUGAAGAUGCGACACUUCCUCUGGAUGUUGAAAGACUUUAAAAUGAUAAAUAAAGAAUUAACAGCAACCAAAUUCGUGGAGGUCAUCGCAGAGGAUAAUCCUUUCAUACAUGACGGUGUUGACAGCAACUUUGAACUUGAGCUGGUUUUCCUGGAAUUCUUUGAAGCUCUCUUAAGCUUUGCACUCAUCUCUGUUACUGAACAAAUGAUUAAAGAAUAUUUAAAUUUUCCAAAUGAGGACCUGUCUGGAAACAAACAUGGAAGCCCUUAUAUGAUGAAUCAGAACAUCCAGAACAGGAGUUCAAGUGUAGGAACAAGCCAGGAAUCAGAUCUGGAGGAUGGCAGCACCAAGUCAUCUUCAAGCAAGCUGGGACUCAUGCUUGAUCUUAGCAAAAUAAGGAGAUCAGAGCCCAAGAUCAAGAAGUCUCUAAGUAAUGAAAGAAUUUCCAAAAUGAACUUUAAAUCUCCAGGAAAAGGGCUAACCUUUCUUUUGUCUCAAAAUGAGAGAAAAGAAAAAUCCAAGGAUGAACCAAAAGAAAACCUUGCUGUGUGGAUCACGAGUAUGUAUAUCUUUUUUGUGAACAUACUGUUCCAUGCACACAAACACGAAGAAACCCUCAAGGAGAAAAUAAGGGAGGACAGGCUGCAUUACAUGGCCACGGCUCACCAGAGGAAACUCGAAAACGAUGAGCUGGAAGCAAGGCUGAACAGCUUGAAAGAGGAAGAGGCCAAAAGAGCAGACUGUGAGAUCGACAUCACCGUGCUCAAGGAACCAGUGGAUGCUCCAUCCUCAAGUUUCACACCCAGCCCCCCUAAGGAGGACACCAUAGUGCCCCCAUCCAGCAAGCCCGUCACAAGUAAGAAAAAGAAAAAGUAGAGGCUACUGCAUUUGUA